AUGAGUCAAACUUUUGAUGACGAGCCAACACAAAACAAUGAACCUCUCAUACCCAAUGAAGAGGUUGGAGAAGCAACCGAGGAUGAUCUUGAAGAGGUCAGGAUGCAAGAUCUUUUUGGUAACAACGAUGAUGAUGUCAGUGAAGAUAUGUUCGACGCGUCUACUCAGACAAUUAGCGUUGAACCAAUAAACUUGUACAACCCACCUUUACAUAUGCAAAAUAUUUGUUUGGAAAAUGAUGAACCAAUCUAUGUAUUUGGAUGUGUCAUACCAAACCAUAUAGAAGACGAAAUAGAUAUUGGGAUGGAGUUUGAAAACAAGGAAGCUUGCAUUCUCGCUCUACAACAUUGGCAUAUAACACACAGUGUUGACUAUUGGAUGAGAAAAUCUGAUAAUGCACAAUACGUAAUUAAAUGUAAGAAAACAUACUGCAAUUUUAAAUGCAGAGCUUCCUUGAGGAAAAAGAACUCAAAAUGGAAUAUUGGUAAGUUGUUUGGGCCUCACACAUGCACUACCACGUCUAUGGCACAUGACCAUAGGAAACUCGAUUCAGAAAUGAUUAGCCACAACAUCAAAGAGCUUGUCAACCGCAACACUUUGCUUAAGGUGAAGGAAACAUCUUACAGUGACCUACCACUGUGGAUAUUGGUAAUGAAAACCUAUCGUCCUGGAAGUAUUAUUGUGUUGCAAACCCUACCUGCAAUUUCAAAUGAUGGAUCCCAAAUAGCUGACAAGCGAAUAUUCCAUCGUCUCUUUUGGGAAUUUUGA